GUGUGAUGUUCUUCCAGGUUCUCCUCACCUUCCCUUGUUUCACUGCGUGGGACACCACGUCACGGCUGCCCGUCUCCAGGCCUCGACUCUCUGAGGAGAUGCACUCAAGUCUGUUAUGUUCUCCCCAUACUUGCAUUUCUCAUCUCAUCGCUGAAUCUCACCGAAAGCUGACUAGAAGUAAAAAUGAGUGACGCAGCAUCAGAGAUGGUUCCAGAAACAGGUACUGCAAAGGUUGAGCAACAGGACGGCUCCGCUGGGCAAGGGGAGCACGUCUCCUCCAACAAGCUGCAGGAGGAAGGUGCGGAAGGGAGCGGCGUAACGGAAAAAGAGGCACAAACGAAGAUGAUGUCUGUUUUUGAGCAGGUGCGUAACCAGAUCAAAUCGCGCGGGGGGGUGAAAGCCCCAAAGAGCAGCAUACUGGAGCUGGUGGCAAAAAUCAAAGACAUAGAAACGGCAACCGAGCAGACAAACGGCCAGUCUGGUGGCAACGGUGUGGAUGCAGAGGAAGAAAAAGAAACUGAGGCUGGAAAAAUUGACUGCAAAGACGAAAGAGAUUUAAGGUUAGAGACGUUGAGUAAAAUGUUUGAGGAAAAACUGGAAGCUAGUAAGAAGCUGCUAAGAGAUGAGUUUGAAGCUCAGAUAUCUGCAGUGCGUCAUGAAACGCGGGCCUACACCGAUCAGACCCUGAAAGACCUGGAGUGUAAGAUGACAAGCGGUCCACCUGGCGGUCUCCAGCCGACACGCUCCAAACCGCAGCAAGAGGGCGCAGACGCCGAGACAAAGCGGAGGGCUUCAGUAGCGCCAUCGCUGGCUUCCAGGCGAGGAAAGGUGCUGACCAGGACCCUGACCACCACCCUCAUUCCCAAGACGUCUGCUCCCAUCAUCAUCAGUGGCUCGCACGGCAAAUCGAGGAGCUCCCCGAAGGGUCAAAGUUCACUGGUGAGAGAUCACGUGCUGCCGCUGUCAGGGAACAAGUCCCAUCAGGGCCGCAGUCCUCUGCCCCCGGCUCAGCUGCUCCUGCAUCAGCGCAGGAAGUCCAUUCAGGCGAAAUGUAAGACGGGAAACUGACUUUGCUUGGGAGACAACGCUACGCCUCAUGAGACACACAAAUCAAGGCCGACACCCUUAUGUUUGAAUUAUGUUGAUUAGUUUCAUGUUUUUUGGUAUCGAAACAUUGUAACCGAGAAUAUGUUUAUAAUAAAUUGUCUUGGAAAAAUAAA